CUUCGUCGUCAACUCCAAAGGAUUCUUUGUAAGAGUUUUUUGAAAGAACACGCUCUUAGAUUAAGAGGGUUUAAAUUUCCUUAUAAUAUAGGCCCUUUUGGUCUUAGGCAUUGUGAAAUUUCUAGUCGAGUACUAGAG